AAAGUCGACUAUCGAGAAUGUGAGGACUAUGAUGAGACGACAGCGGUGGAAUCUGAGUGUGACUCAGAACCAGUAAUGAAAAGGAAACCAAAAAAGAAGGUCAUGAGUGACUUUAUUAUGGAUUCUGCUGAAGACAAUUCAUCAAUAAAAAUGCAGAAGAAGUUACCUGUAGCAGCACCAGUUAUGCCGCCAAAACUACCCCAAAAAAUCUCUUCUAAAAAAAACCAAGACCAGUCAUCACUUCAGUCGUCCAGGUCUCGAUCACCUUCACCUUCUACUAGAGAUGAAAUGGAAACCAGACGUAGCAGGUCUAUUACACCAAGCAAGUCCUGGGCUAGUUCAAACAGUCGGGAGAGCUCGAUGAAUAGGUCGAUGUCACCAAGAAGUCCCAUUCGCUCAACACAAAGGUCCAGAAUUUCAACAUCCAGAAGUCCAAUUCGCUCAACACAAAGGUCCAGAAUUUCAACAUCCAGAAGUCCAAUUCGCUCAACACAAAGGCCCAGAAUUUCAACAUCCAGAAGUCCAAUUCGCUCAACACAAAGGCCCAGAAUUUCAACACCCAAAAGUCCAAUUCGCUCAACACAAAGGCCAAGAAUUUCAACAUCCAGAAGUCCAAUUCGCUCAACACAAAGGUCACGAAUCUCAAGGUCCAGGAGUCCUGUUCACUCUUUGAACAGCUCAAGAUUUUCAAGAUCAAAAAGCAGAGACAGGCAUCACAAUAGGUCAAGGCACUCUAUGUCACAAAGCAGUGAAAGGUCAACCCUGAGAAGAGAAAGCCCAAAAAGACUUAACAAAGGAUCUGAACAUUCAAGGAGCUAUGAUAAGCCUUGUAGCAGGUUAAGUGUAGAGAGCACCCCAACACUUCCAUCUCUUUCUAAGCGAAAGCAGCAUCAGUCCUCAACAGACUCCUUUCCCAUGACCGAAGAAAGAUUUCAGAGAAGAGUCCUCUACCUUCUUGUUGAAAUAAGAGACCUUCUUAAGAGUCCAGUAACAACAGCUUCAAAUACAGAAGACGUUGAUCUUGUUACCACUUCUCCGCCUGCAAAACAAUCAUCAACGUUAAAAUGGGCAGGAGUGGCCUACUCAGCAAAUUUGGCAGUUGAUGGCAAUAACGGUACAGACUUUGUCGUAGACUUGUGUACCAGCACAGAGGGUGGAGACACGAAUCCGUGGUGGUUGGUGGAUCUGCAGGCUGUGUAUUCCAUCAGAUCUGUCAGAAUAUUCAAUAGAGGAAUGGACGAGUGGGGACAGGAUGUGUCAGACCGGCUGCGGAAUGCUACCGUCAUUGUAGGGCUGACAGAGUCAGAUGUCAACACUCCCUGUGGAUUCUUUUCUGGUCCCGGUACUUUGUCACAGCUGGUAGUCAUCGUCUGUCCGACUUUACCACAUGGGAGAUUCGUAAAUAUCUCCAUAAUCACUGAGUAUCUCACUCUUUGUGAAGUUGAAGUGUUUGGAUACUCUGUCUAA